CGCAGCCCAACGUCGGUUAGAUAUCUCUCCCUGGCUGCUGGUACCGACUCCACCCAGUCUAGCCCUGCAAAUAGGCUCCUCGCAAGCCUUGUCAGGACGGCCCUCUUUGCGACAGACUUGCGGGGUAGCCGCAUCCUAUAGUCCGUGCCGGACAUCCUGCCGAAGUCACUUCUCUUCCUUAUCUGCCAUUCCUGUCAAGAUCCCUACCUCGCCCCUUCAAAUACUCCAACCGCUUGUUCCUGCGUCUUCCUCCACGAAUCCAUCUGUUGCUAAUCCCCUAUUCCUUUUCCUUCAUCGUCUUCUUCUUCUUCCUCCCUCAUUGCGCCGUUGGAGAUGUCUGAAGUUACAAACACCAACAAGCCCGAUGUGGCAUUGGAUGACGUCGCCUCAGUGGGGGGCCAUCAGCAUGCCCACACGUCGCGAUUCACCCCGCUGUCCAUCAUGGGUAUCGCCUUUGCCAUUCUCAACUCUUGGGUUGCGGGUGCCGCCAGUCUGUCCGUCGUUCUCGUCUCGGGAGGUCCCGUGGCGAUGCUGUGGGGUUUCCUCAUCUCCUUUGUGGGUGUCAUGUGCAUCGCAGCAUCGAUGGCAGAAAUCUGCGCAGUACUGCCCUGCGUUGGAGGACCGUACCACUGGACUUUUGCUCUUGCCCCACCCAAGCACCGCAUCGGAAUGGCCUACGUCACUGGCUGGCUGAACACUGCUGGCUGGAUCUGUCUGGUAGCUACUGCCAGCUCCCUCGGAGCGACCUUCAUCAUCAAUAUCAUCGCCCUCUUCCACGAGAACUACGAGCCCCAGCCAUGGCACACCUUUGUGCUGUAUGUGGCCUUCUCCAUCGGAGGCUGGUUAGUCAAUGUCUUUGGUGCAAAGUUACUCGAUAUCAUCGGCAAAGCAGUCUUCAUCUGGUCCCUCAGUGGAGCCGUGCUUGUCUGCAUCGUCUGCCUGUCUUGCGCUAGUCCUGAAUUCCGUUCUGGCACAGACGUCUUUGGCACAUUCGUAAACGAGACUGGCUGGAACAACUUCGUCGCCUUCAUGCUGGGUCUGCUACAGUCGACCUUCUCGCUGGUAGGCACAGAUGCUGUCGCUCAUCUGGUGCUCGAGAUGCCCCGAGCUCAUGUCAAUGCUCCUCGAGCUAUGCUCCUGGCUCCCGUCCUCGGACCUCUGCUCACCAUCUUUUACCAGGCAACUGGAAGCAAGGGAGGAUCGACUGCUCUGCUGAUGUUCCCAGUGAUUUGCAUGGUCGGAGCAGCCAUUGCCAUCUUGACUGCUUCGUCGAGGACGACGCAAGCUCUUGCCGCGGACCGAGGUAUCCCCUUCUCCAGGUUCUUUGCCUCGGAGACCAAGGGCGUCAACGUCCCGGUCCCGGCCAUUACCCUCAACACCUUCUGGGUCAUCGUCUUCGGAUGCGUCUACCUCGGCUCCUCUGCCGCUCUCAACGCCAUUCUGUCCGCCAGUGUUGUGCUCAUCCAGCUCAGCUACGCAGCACCCAUCAUUCUGCUGCUGUUCAGGGGACGCUCGCUUCUAGACCAGGUCUCCUUCCACGUCGGUCCCCGUCACUUCAAUUUGGGCAAGUUCGGCUACGUCGUCAAUGCCUGGGGUGUCUUCUUUGCCAUCUUCACCACCAUCUUCUUCGUCUUCCCCUCUGAAGUGCCAGUCACCAGCACAAGCAUGAACUACACCGUCGUAGUAGCCUUCGGUGUCGUUCCACUGCUAGCGGGACUCAGCUGGGCCUUCCAUGGACGCAAGUUCUACAAUGGCCCCAGGAACCUCGACUUGGCUCUGGAGAUUGCUAGGCGAGGUCUGACAGAUCAGGAUCGUGAGAGGGGCAUGAGUGGCAGGUCAGGCGGAAUCGUGGAUGGUCUUUCGAGCGAGAAGAAGGAAGAGGAGUCUGUUUGA